CGGACUAACUGCGGCGGAGCGCUGCGUCAGAAUAAAACUUCAUCGAAUAGUUUUUAAAGCUUCCGAGGUGACGGGAUUUGGGCGGCCGGCGCAGUCGGGUUUGCGGGCUCUUCGGGCAUCCUCGUGGGCUGCUAGCUGGUUUUGUUAUUCAGCAGUUUUUGCAGAAAUAUGGAGACUCUCCGAGUUCUCCUGGCGCUGAUGUGCGUCCUCCUGGCUGGGGCGCAAGUGCCGGCAAAAAGGGCAGCAUUUACGGACUGCCCUGUUGACCUCUUCUUCGUGCUGGACACCUCUGAGAGCGUGGCCCUCAGACAGAAGCCUCCCAGCUUUUACAUAGACCAGAUCAAAAGCUUCACCAAGGAUUUCAUUGAUCAGCUGCAAGACAUGCGCCACCGAUGUGACCGGCAACUGACGUGGAACUCUGGAGCUUUGCACUACAGUGACCGAGUGGUUCUAGUUCGAGAGCUGAGCGACAUGAAAUCCCAGCGCCAGGCCCUGAAGAAGGACAUCGACACCAUCGCUUUCAUCGGCCGGGGCACGUACACCGACUGUGCCAUCAAAGAGGGAUUGGCACAGCUGCUCAUGGGAGGGUCUCACUAUCAUGAGAACAAGUACAUUGUGGUGGUCACUGACGGUCAUCCCAUCACUGGCUACAAGGAGCCUUGUGGAGGAGUGCAGGAGGCGGCCAAUGAAGCCAAAAAUCAUGGUGUUAAAGUGUUCGCUGUCGCCAUCUCACCUGAUCAGGAGGAUACCAGACUGUCAGUCAUCGCCACUGACCCCAGCUACAGACAGAACUUCACAGCAGCAGACGACACCAGAGCCACCAAGAUGGGAACCAUUACGACCAUCAUCGACAUGAUCACAAACCAAACAAAGGAUGUGUGCUGCUCAUUUGAAUGCAACGCUAAAGGAGGACCCAGAGGACCAGAUGGAGAUACAGGCGGAAGGGGAGAGCCUGGUAGACCCGGCAUGCCUGGAGAGAGGGGAGACAUUGGUGAGAUGGGCAGUAGAGGAGAUCCUGGUCCUAAUGGUUACAACGGAAUGAAGGGAGACCGUGGUGGCAUCGGUACAAGGGGCGAUCGAGGUCACAAAGGCUACAAGGGAGACAAAGGUUACAGGGGCAAUGACGGAGUUGAUGGGCGCAAGGGUGAACCUGGUUUCUCUGGACUUCCUGGCUGCAAAGGGUCCCCGGGAUCAGAUGGUAUGAAAGGAGAGCCGGGCCCAAAGGGAGACCCCGGUCCUUAUGGAGAGAAGGGAGAGAAAGGAGAUACUGGGAGAGACGGCGAACCAGGAAGGCCAGGAAACUACGGCCGUACGGGACCCAAUGGUGAGCCGGGGCCCCGAGGAGCUGACGGUGACAAAGGAGAGAGCGGAGAUGAUGGACCUCCUGGGGCGGACGGAAAGCCUGGCGACCGAGGAGCCCCAGGUGAAAAGGGUGAGCAAGGAUUACGUGGCAAAAGGGGACCAAGAGGAGAUGUGGGAGACCCAGGCCCCCGUGGAGAGCCAGGUAGAGAAGGACAGACUGGCGGAAAUGGAGAACCUGGCGAACCCGGUAAGGUUGGCCCACCCGGAUACAGAGGGGACGAAGGCGCCCCCGGACCCGAGGGUCCUAAAGGACCGAGAGGAAUCAAAGGCUCUCCAGGAGACAGAGGCCCUAUGGGGCCGAGGGGAGAGGAUGGCGCGCCAGGAAACGGGACGGCAGGUUGUAAUGGUUUCCAGGGACGACCCGGAGUUAGAGGAGACAUUGGUGAGCCGGGUGGUAAGGGAACCCCAGGACCAAAAGGAGAUGAUGGAGAGCCUGGUGAUCCCGGACCUGAUAACAACCAACCAGGGCCUCCAGGACCAAAGGGGGCCAAAGGUCACCGUGGACCUGAGGGCGAGCCGGGACCUCCAGGGCCUCCUGGACCGCCAGGAACUGAUGAAUGUGAAAUUCUGGAUAUCAUCAUGAAGCUCUGCUCUUGUUGCGAGUGCAAAUGUGCACCAAUGGACUUGGCCUUUAUUGUGGACAGCUCUGAGAGUAUCGGCGCGCAGAACUUUGCUCUUGCCAAAGAUUUUAUCAUCAUGGUGGUGGACAGACUCAUGAAGGAUCAGCAGGUCAAGUUUUCAGGUAACGAGUCCAGAGUGAGCGUCGUCCAGUACAGCGGUGCUAAAGCUCAAGAAGUGGUGCAGCUGGGCUCCACCGUCCAAACUCUGGCCGAAUUCAAACAGGCAGUGAGGGAUCUGAAGUGGCUGGCUGAGGCCACCUACACCGGCGAGGCCCUCGACUUCGCUCUGGAAAACAAUAUCAAGCUCAUGAGGCAGGAGAACCGCGUCGUUCUGGUGCUCACCGAUGGACGCUCCGACAUCAAAAGAGAUCCGAUUCCUCUCAACGUCCUCUGCGGGAAGGACAUCCGGGUGGGUGGUUUAGGCGUGAGGGACAACUACGGCCGUGAGCCCAACCAGGAGCAGAUCGGAAGCGUGAUGUGCAAGAGUGACCCCAAACCAGGGUUCUCCUUUGUCCUGGAUAAUUUUGCCGAGUUGCUCGACGACGCCUUCCUGCAGAACCUCACCUCCAACAUCUGCCAAGAUAAGCGCUGCCCCGACUACAAGUGUCCAAUCAGCUUCUCUCAGAGCAGUGACAUCCUGGUCAUAAUGGACAGUUCGGCCAGCGUGGGUCAGAAGAACUUUGAGUCCAGUCAGACUUUUGUCGACCGACUGGCGGAGCGCUUCCUGACGAGCAAGAGGAAAAGAGGAGUCUCAGUCAGAGUGGGUCUGGCGCAGUACAGCCGGGCCGCCCGCAUGGAGCAAGACCUGACCAGCAACUACACCCUGCUGUCCAGCCAGAUCAAAAACGCUGCAUAUCAGAACGACGGCACCAACGUGCUGGAGGCGCUGGACUUUGCCGUGAAGAGCCUGCCCGGGAGAGGCGACGCGUCCGGCAGCAAGAGAAAGGUGGUGCUGUUCUCCGACGGUCGGUCUCAGGGCAUCACCGAGGCGUUGCUCGAGAAGCGCGUCCGCGACGUGGCGGAUGCCGGCAUCGAGCUCUACGUCAUCACGGUCGGCUCGCACGUCAAUGAGGUCAACCUGCGCACCUUGGUGAGCAGGGGGCGCCGUGACGACAUCACCUACGCCCACCGCCACCUAUUCCGCGUUCAAGACUACCCUUCGCUUCUCCACGGAGUCUUCCACAAGAAAGUGUCGCGAAAGGUGUCAAUGUAGUCCCCCACGCCCCCCAAAAAAACAGGACCAGUGAUUUUAGAUCUAACCCCUUUAAGAGUAUUCACCCGUUUACCAAACAUGUCGGUCGGAGUCAUCUACCCCGAGUGAAGCCUGCCAGGACAACAGCGACAACCCAAACUGUUCCUGUAAGUCAGAGCUUGUUGUGACAGAGCAGAGUCUGGAAAACGUCUGCCUGGGAGGCUGAAUUCUGGGUAAAUUUGUCCCACUGAUAAGUGCUCCAUCCAAACAGACUUCAAUGAGCUGAUAUCAACUCAGGUAUUCUGCAUUUCACCGUCCGCCCGCCUGGACUUGUUUCAAAGGAAGGGUCAGCACAGGCUUAAAUCGCUGACUCAUGUUUGAGAACAUGCUGGCUUUACAGUUUCCAUGCAAUUUGAUUUGACCCAGUGAAGUUGGCCAACAGAAAACAAUGCAACAGUUGAUCAUGAUGUAACGCCACAUGGCCGGGAAACCUAAUCCGACAUCACUGGUCGGUCACCGGAGGGGGGAGAUGAGGCCCACCAGCCCCUCACCUGGUUCCAAUGAGAGCCGCACAGCUGGACCCAACAUGUGUGACAUCAUCUCUCUGUGCAUGUCCUUGUUAGAUUUGAUAUAAACAGUCCUGUCGGGGUCAAACCACAGAACCGACUGUGUGAGAAACUGAGAACACACCAACCUUCUCAAGCUUAUUUGUACUUUUAGGUAGAAAAACAUCUGUCGAGUCAACAAAACCUGACCUCCCGCCCUCGCGCACUUAAGACCCCGUCCACGGUCAGUUCGACGCACUCGCAGUCGUCACUGUUGUUUUUACCUGUGGUGCUAUUAGUCUCCGUAUCAGCCGCUAGCCCUGUUGUAAAGCAAGAUACUGAAUGUUCACCUGAGGAUCAUCGGCCUCAGUGGUGUUGAAGAGCCUUCAAUAAAAGGUUGCUACACCAAACUGUGUCAGCUGUCUUUGUUGAAUCAUGCUUCUGAAUCAAAGUAGUGAAGAAAUGUGCUUAGAUAAAUGUGGCUCGGGGGCCACUUGAGGUCGGUGUGAAACCCUGAAUCUGUAAAAAUGUUUUGUUGAUCAUUAUCUGUCAGAUUCAAAUUCCAGUAUCUUAGCUAAUCCAUAGCCUUGUUUGUGAUGGUUGAC